AUGGUGUGUUGGAGUAUUUGGCAUGCUCGCAACGAAGUGCAAUGGAACCAUAAGUCUCGGUCCGCUUUGGAGGUAGUGAAAUCGGCAAAAAAUAUCCUUGGCCAAUGGAAAAUUACUAAAUUUGAAUCUCCUAAUGCUUUAUUUGCUAUGGGGGAUAUCUCUAAAAGUAAUUGUUGGCGUAAACCUGAUGAGUAUACGGUCAAGGUGAAUGUCGAUGGUGCGACUUUUGAAGCUCACCAAAAGUUUAGUUUCGGUUGUGUUGCUCGUGAUCACCAUGGUAAGCUUAUUGAAGCUAUUUCUGAGAGUCGUUGGGGUUGUGUAUCUGCAGAAAUAGCUGAGGUCAUUGGCAUUAAGGAGGCGCUAAGUUGGAUAAAGCGCAAGGGCUGGGGUAGGGUGGUUAUUGAGUCUGAUGCUUUAGUUGUUGUUCAAGCAAUUAAUAGCUCAGUGCAUAUGCCAUCCCAGUUUGGUUUGUUGGUUGAGGACUGUCGUACUAUUGUAGCUAGUUUGAAUAAUGUCCUUAUUUCUUAUGUUAAUCGAUCUGCAAAUAGGGCUGCCCAUUGUGUUGCUAGGGUGUCUUAUUUAUCGUCAGGUUGUACUUUUAAUGAGCUAAAUGCUCCGCUUUCUUUGUGUGACAUUAUUAAGGCUGAUGCCUGUUAA